UUUUUUUUAGGUAUAUUUUUAUAUAGACACGAAUAAAUUCUUUGUAUAUGUCUAGGAGAGGAGAAUUGAUUUACAAAAAUGGGGGAUAACGCUGGAAACUCUGAACAAAGCCGACGAAAGUUCGUGGCAAUAGUUUAUAUGAUGACUCUUGUCGCACUCCUGCUGGGUCUCGGUCAAUGGCUGGCCGUCGUAUUUGUUGGAAAGCUCGGUCUAGCAUUUAUGGAAUAUGAAUUCAUUAGUGGAAUAUUCUUUUCGCUUUCGGUAAUACUAGCCAUCGUCUUCAUAUUUGUGGAGAAAGCUCGUACUAUGGUCGCUCUGAAUUGGAUCUUGGCAAUUUUAAUUAUGGAAUUUGCAAUUUUGGGAGUAUUUGCGCUGUGCCCCCGAUCGGGAUGGCCCGAACUACUUUUAUGGUAUCUGAUAUGUCUCCUUGUCUUCUUCCUUGCCAUACUAGUGGGUUCGGUUCUGCCGCAUGAUCUGACCCUUGAUGUCGUUAUAUUAUUUGUCAUAUCAUUUAUCUUCUUAAUUGUUUCCGUAUUUCUGAUAAUGUUGCAUCUAAUGAGCCGUACAUCGCAUUCGAUCAUUCUGUAUCAGAUAUUCGUUAGCGUUAUAAUUCUGACGUUUGUCAUGUAUCACGCUCAGACCAUUAACGGUGGACGAUUUGCGGAGUUAAGGGUGAAUGAUUAUCUACUUGCUUCCAUAAUACUCUUCUACGAUUUUAUUGUCUUGUUCUUGCUAACAUUCUAUGUGCAAGUUCAAUUUCCGCUUAUCCAGAGGGACAAACAUACUACAGAAGCACCACCAACAACAAUAGUUACGUCAACUCUAGCUGCACCUACAGCUGCACCUACAGCUCCAGAUGAAACUCCAGCUCCGGAAGGAUUCCGCUUUAUCUAACAAUAUUGUCCACGUUGUCCAUUUAGUUUGCCUUAGCUGCAUUUAGUUCAUCGUACAAAUUGUUAUCUAUUUGGA